ACCGGACCUCGUCUACGUAGCAGGAUUUCUUCUCCAAUCAUCGUUAGGAAUCUUUACAGAAUGCUUUCCUAUUGGUUGAGUAUAGAAAAAAUAUAGGCGGGAUUUCUUCAGACCACAGGAAGGGAACCAAGUACGUCGAAGUGGUUGGAUUCUUCGCGGCCUGGCGGAUUGUUUUAUGUUAGGGAAAAGGAAACGUAACGUUACAAAGAUGAAAGCUCUGGAAUAGAGCUCGAUUGGAAAGAAAGAAGAUAAACAGGAAACCAGGAAGGAAACAGAAAAUAAUAGUGCGUGGCCAUGGCCUACUCCAGCUACAGCAACCUGAGCAGGGCUCAGCUUACCUUUGAGUACCUGCAUACAAAUUCGACAACCCACGAGUUCUUAUUUGGAGCCUUGGCAGAGCUUGUGGACAAUUCAAGAGAUGCCAAUGCCACACGUAUAGAUAUCUACACAGAAAAAAAGCCAGAGCUGCGGGGCGGCUACACGCUCUGUUUUCUGGAUGAUGGUAUUGGAAUGGACCCUCAUGAGGCAACUCAUGUGAUUCAGUUUGGAAAGUCAAACAAACGGUCCCCUGAGUCCACUCAGAUCGGCCAGUAUGGAAACGGGCUGAAAUCCGGCUCUAUGCGUAUUGGGAAAGACUUCAUCUUGUUCACAAAAAAAGGCAACACGCUGACUUGCCUUUUCCUGUCAAGGACUUUCCACGAAGAGGAGGGACUAGAUGAGGUGAUAGUGCCCCUUCCCUCCUGGGAUCUAAAGACUAAGGAACCGUUGACCUCUGACCCAGAGAAGUACGCCAUAGAGACGGAGCUGAUCUUCAAAUACUCACCUUUUAAAAAUGAACAGCAGCUGAUGGAGCAGUUCAACAAAAUAGAAAGUAGCAGUGGCACUCUUGUGAUCAUCUAUAAUCUGAAGCUGAUGGACAACAGAGAACCAGAACUGGAUGUAGAGACAGACCACCAGGACAUACUGAUGUCUGGGACACCUGUUGAAGGAGUGAAGCCAGAGAAGAGGUCGUUCAGAGCGUACGCUGCUGUUUUGUACAUCGACCCACGCAUGAGGAUCUUUAUCCAGGGACAUAAAGUCAGGACCAAGAGACUGUCCUGCUGUUUAUAUAAACCAAGGGUUUAUAAAUACACAUCGACUCGUUUCAAAACUCGUGCUGAGCAAGAAGUGAAGAAAGCGGAUCACCUUGCUAAGAUCGCGGAAGAAAAAGCCCGAGAGGCAGAGAGUAAGCAGAUGGCUCUGGAGGCCAGAUUAGGAGACGACCUGUCAAAAGAUUCACGGGCAAUUCUGAGAAAGGUUCAAGAUUCAGCCAUGAUGCUUCGACGGGAUUGUGACAUGAAGAAAAGGAUUCUCGAAGCCAAACAGAAAGCAUUAAAGGAGCCCAAGGAGUUGAAUUUUAUAUUCGGAGUAAACAUUGAACAGAGGGACCUGGAUGGGAUGUUUGUGUACAACUGUUCUCGUCUCAUCAAGAUGUACGAGAAAACCGGGCCCCAGCUGGAGGGAGGCAUGGCCUGUGGAGGUGUGGUUGGAGUAGUUGAUGUCCCAUAUUUAAUUCUAGAGCCUACUCACAACAAACAGGACUUUGCAGAUGCUAAGGAGUAUCGGCAUUUACUCAAAUCCAUGGGGGAACAUUUAGCUCAGUACUGGAAGGACACUAACAUUGCUCAGAAAGGCAUCGUGAAGUUCUGGGAUGAGUUUGGAUAUCUGUCCGCCAGCUGGUCUGCACCUCCAUCAUCAGAGCCGAGAUACAGGAGACGCCGCGGCAUGGAGAUACCACUUACUAUUCAGUGUGAUAAAUGUUUAAAAUGGAGAACGCUGCCAUUCCAGAUGGAUGCUGUGGACAAACGCUACCCAGACAGUUGGGUGUGUCUCAUGAACCCCGACAGCACCCAGGACCGGUGUGAUGCUACUGAACAGAAACAGAAUUUGCCAUGUGGUGUUCUGAAGAAAGACAAGCAGACAGCUGAAGACAAACGGAAAGAGCUGGAAGAGAAAAUCAAACAGCAGCAGGAGAAACUAGAGGCCUUGCAGAAAACCAACACUGUAAAAUCUGCAGCAGAUUUAAAGAAGCUGCCACUGGACGUCAGCAUGAAACCAACAGAGAGCUCCUCUCAGGCAACUAGGUCUUCUGAAAGGUCCAUAACACGGCCCCGCUCCCCACCGCUCCCAGCUCACUUAAAAAGCCCCCCUCCAUCUCGUACAGCUUCUCUGCGCCCCACCCGAACUCCUGCCCCUCCGCCACCGCCACCCAAAGUCGAACCAUCCAAGUCCAGAGCUGCAGCAAAGCCUCCUCCACCUGCAGCAAAGCCUGUACCCAAAGCUACUGCCAAAACACCCCCAUCCAGCCGCAGCUCACGGUCACCUGCCAAAGCAUCAUCAGCCAAACCAGCAGCUGCUGGACAACGGAAGAGAAUCGUAGAGCAGGAGGCCAGUGAGGAAGAGGAGGAGGAGGAGGAGGAGGAAGAAGAAGAAGAAGAAGAAGAGGUGGAGGAGGAGGACGACGACAGUGAGGAAGACAGUGAAGAGGAAGAACCUCAGAUAAAGAAAUCCAAGAUGGCUGCAGCAGCUGGUAACCGUGGGAAAGUGAUAGAGAAGGCCUCACCUCCCAAACGUGCCAAGUUGGACGAGGUUAACACCCAGAAGAAAGGAGUUCCUACUCUUAUACGGCAGACACCAACGACACCACUCUCUAUCCCUAAACCCAUUUCCAUGCAACAGCAUGGGGGUAAAGCAAAGGCACCUGAGAAGCACCAACAGGAGGAACCAGAGAUUGACACUAAAAAUGCUCAGAAAGAUAAGGGUCUGCUGGUUGAAGUACGUGUCAACAAGGAGUGGUACACAGGCAAAGUCAUUGCUGUGGAGGCGAAUAAAAAGAGUGUUCGCUGGAAAGUGAAGUUUGACUAUGUACCUAGAUCCACCCCUAAAGACAGAUGGGUGUUCAAGGGUAGUGAUGAUGUCCGGUUGAUGCGGCCGCCAUCUCCAAUCUCUCAGACACCUGACACCCAACAGGAGACCGAGAAGGGCCCUGCACCUAUGGAGCCCGACACUACUCAACCAGGAACCAGUCGAGAGGUGACCGAUAGUCUCGUCACCAUGUUGAGGACAAUGCUGCGUUACUUCUUCCCUCCUGCUUUUCGGAUCCCAAAGGACGAUGUUAACAGCAUGACGGCUGAGGAGUUGGUGUCCUUUCCUUUGAAAGAGUAUUUCCAGCAGUACGAAUCAGGUCUCCAGUCGUUGUGUAACUCGUACCAGAGCAGGGCUGACGCCAGGGCCAAAGCUGUGGAAGAGAAGAGCAACAGCAAUGAGGUCAAACUGAAGGAAGCAGACGAGAAACUACAGAAACUACGAACAAACAUUGUAGCACUCCUGCAAAAAGUACAAGAGGACAUUGACAUAAACACAGAUGACGAGCUUGACGCCUACAUAGAGGACCUCCUUACCAAGGGUGAUUAAAGAAGACAGAAAAAAGAGAGGAGAACAUUCACAUAAACAGGCUGGCAGUUUUCAUUCCAGCCAUUACUUGCUGACCACUCCCCCGAGGACUCAUGCUUAUGUGCAGAAAUGGGCAGAAAUGGCCGUUAAAUCAGAUUGUCAUAGGUUUGAUCUUUGAUUUUCAUCGUUCCAGCGCUUAGUCAGCACCAGUGCACUGUUUUUGUUAGGGCAGGUUUUCUGGUGUUUCUACAUUGUUGGGUAGCCUGUGGUUUUCUCUUUAGUCCUUUUUAUAUACCUGCUCAUAUAUGUUAAUCUAUGUUUAAGCCAUCCUAUCCUGAUUAACCUUUUGAAAUAAUUUGUGUAGGUUUAAUACAUUUAUGCUCUCUUUUAUAUACUGUAGUUGGCUUAUGCUGUGACAUACUGCAGACUUCAUUUGUUCCUCGUUUUGGUCCAUCGUCAGGUGAGAAUUGGACACACCAAGUGACUGGGCUGUGGUCUGCAUCGCAGCCUGUACUUUUACUUUUAUUUUUGUACACUAAACACAUAUCAGUGUUGCCCAUUACCUUCCUCCAUCCUGGUCUAACGAGCAAACAGGUUAAUAUUUUACGGUUGGGUGGUUGCCACACCCACAAACAAGAACAACUUACUGGGUUUUAUCAGUAUGAUUAUUCCCUUAUAUCCCUUCACAUUUAAGCUACAACUGUUGUGUUUAUUUUGGGAAGAAAAAAAAAUUCAUUUAAAUGCAAAAGUUGUGUGUUCAUAAUUAUUCGGUGCCUGUGUACUUCCUUUUCAACAGAUUUUUAACAUGUCAUGGAAAUGUUUUAUUAAUCGGUGCAUGCUUUCGGUCUUUUUGUUCCUGGAACAAAGGAUUCUGUAUUUUUGACAAAUCUUUACUUAGAACAAUAAAACAGGUUCAGAAACAC